AUGUCUAUUGAGUCGUCCGAUCCUUUACCGUCCCGGAUUGCGUCGCUGGUGCAUGCUCAUUUCGAUGCUCUGCCCACACGCAGUAAACCAUCCGUUUUUCCGGAUGGAUCGAGGGAAUGGAUUCCUAUGACCGGCAUUGUAGCUGUUAAAGGUAUUUUCUCGAUAAGUUCAAAAAGAGCUACCUCGGAGGACGCUUUUUGUUUUUGUACUAACAUCGAUGUCUUCGAUUUGAUAGGAGAGAACACACCUUCGGAGAGUCUGACCUGCAUCGCUGUGACGAGUGGUGCAAAAUGCCUAUCGGCAUCACAUAUCCCGCGCUGUAAGGGCCUUGUACUGCAUGACUGCCAUGCCGAGAUACUGGCGAUCCGAGCAUUUAACUACUGGCUUCUUACAGAGUGCCAUGGUAUGCUAUCUCAAGAGAAGCAAGUAGAUCGUGAUGCCCCUGGCUCCAAUAAUAGAGAACUCCCCUGUGCUCCAUUUGUAAAAAGGAGAAAGAUUGGAGAAUGCGGAGACGAUGGUUCAAAGCCACACACUGAAUGGCCGCCUUUCGAGCUCCAGUCAGAUAUAAAUAUAUACAUGUACUGUACAUGCGCACCUUGUGGCGAUGGAAGCAUGGAGCUAUGCAUGGCAGCCCAAGAAGAUGCAACACCGUGGGAAGUCCCGCAGCAGAAAUCCCCUUCGACAACGAACCAAGGAGAUGAGACUCAGGUCGCAGAGAUGAUGCUUGAUGGCCGAGCUCAUUUUUCGCUUCUUGGUAUCGUUCGUCGAAAACCAUCACGCACGGAUGCCGAAUCGACGCGCAGCAAAUCCUGCUCAGAUAAACUUGCAUUGCGACAAGUAUCGUCCUUGCUCUCCUCUGAGACCAGUCGUCUGGUCGCUCCAACAAAAAACGCAUAUCUCGCCGGGCUGAUCCUUCCCAAGGAUGAAAUCAGUAAAGUUGCCUGUGAUCGAUCGUUUGGUGAGAACGGUCGAAUGCAAGCGCUGGCAGGGCGUUCGUGGCCCGAGACAGACACCGAAGAAAUGAAACCGGGGUAUCGAUUCAGGCCGUUCCGGAUUCUUUCAAUACCAAGCGAAGAGGUAGCAUCACGGUGGAGGUUUGCAAAGCCAAAAGUUGUUUCUUGUCCUGCUGGCGCAUCAGAGAAGAAUGGAGGUCGUUCGCCGUCUGCAGCGAAUCCCAAAAAGAGCAAACCAGGCAAUGCGAGUGCUGUAUGGACGCUGGCUCCUUCUUACGGUGACUCAUCUACUAUGUUCAUGGAAACCGGCAGCAAGUCGCUUCCCGCACUUUGUCGUUCCAAGACUGGCUUAUAUGAAACCAUCAUAAACGGGGUGAAGCAAGGGAAUCGGGCGUCUGCGCCCAGCCCACGAGGAGCCUCGGCGUUAUCUCGUGCUAAACUUUGGGCUCUUUACCGCAAUAUUGUAUCUGCUUCGGCUUCGGCUCGAAAUUGUGAUGGCCCUGAAAUAGUGCAGGCUGAGGCUGAGAGACUGCACAUCGAUACAGUUCGCCACGUGUCGGAUAUUGAUACAUAUCAGGAGUUUAAAAAUCCUGGCGGCUUGGAGGACCCGUUAAGAAUCCGCAUGCAGGCCAUAAGUGAUGCCCGAAUUGUCCUCAAAGGGUGGAUUCCCAAUGCGGGUGAUGAAUCCUGGCGCUUGGAUGUCCUGGUGGACCCUAAAAAGCGGAAGCGCUGA